CGUUUUUAUCUUCAUAUUUGAUCACGUGAUACAGAGUUGAUGUAGGGACUGUCGGUCUGGUGAAAAAUGUAUAGGAGGUCAAAAUACACUUAAUGAUAUAUACAUAUUGUUUUUGUAUAAAAGGGUUGUUUUUACAGAAUUUGUCACAAAUUGAUCUGUUUAUUAAUGCUUUUUUCCCGACAUAUUUCCAUGGCCCUACUUAACACAACUGCGUCCGUGUUUCCUCAUUCUCUUAAUUUGUAUCUUUACGUGAUUAAUGAGAUCGAUCCCUGUUCCUUUUUUUUUUUACUUUUCAUACAUUUCUCUGUGAAUUGCAAAAAUAUAAAUUUUUAUUUAUUAAGCGGGGAAUUUUUUUUUUAAUCCCAAGGUUUGAGUAUAUUGGACACGUUAUUACAUCAAUUAAAAUCAAUAUUAAUUAAAACGUGGUGUUUACAAAGCGAUACCAAUUAUAUAACAUUUUCACAAACAUCUAAUAUCUUAAUCCACGAGUGGUCAUUAAAUUUUCUGAAUUUUAGUAAUAUUCAACACGUAUCGCUAUUAGUUUGGUAAUUAAAGGUUUUAUUCUCUUCAAGAUGCAGUUUAGAUAUUGAUUGUAUCUAAAGAGUAAACAAGUCGAAUUUUGACAGCACGUAAUAUCCACUUGAGAGGUAUUACUAGAAAUUCAUCCAGAAUUUCGACAUCAUCAUUAUUUGAGUUUAUUAUCGCUAGAAAGGAAGCAAUUUUGAUACAUGUACUUCGAUAUGAAAACGAUCCUGGUGAAGAUUCUAUUUUCAUCGAUAGGUCCUCUUGGAUUGAUCCUGACAGGCGUUUUGUGCUCCUAUUUCCAACUCAGUUUAGUCCGAGUCAACAAUGGAAAUAUCAAUGACCUUUUUCUAAUCACAUUUGAACAAAUACCAACAACGUCUAUGCUCCAUUGUUCUACUACCUGUGCUGAAAGAAAUCACCAGUGUUUGUCCAUCAUUUUCGAUUCCGAAAAUGGUCAAUGUUAUCUACUUCCAAGGGGUAUUUAUCAGAAUGUAUCAAAGCCAGAAUUCCCUAGCUAUCUGAAAGUUUAUACACGGAGGAAUGUACAAUGUUCUGAUACGGGGUAUCAAGACUUAAACGUGAGUGGAACCUGUUUUAAAGUAUACAGCGAGGGGAAAUCACACGCUGAUGCCAUGACGCAAUGUCACAAAGAUGGAGGAUACCUUAUUCAAGUUACAUCUGCAAUGAAACACGAAGUCGUGUCUCAAUUCAUAAAGUCCAUGACAAGUGAUGGUUUUUUCAUUGACGGAAGUGACGCAGAUGAAGAGGAUGUGUGGCGUCUAUCUAACGGCAAUCCUUUCCACCUAAAAUGGAGUCCAGAUGAGCCCAAUAUCUGUUGUAAAGUGUUCGAAGACUGUCUCAUAAUGUAUACCGUUGGCACAUACAAUGACGUUCAGUGUUAUUCAAGAUUUUCAUUUAUUUGCGAAAGAGAGGCAUUACCAAUUGUAUAAAACCAUUUCUGUUGAUUGGCAUCGAUGUAAACGCAUUACUGUAAUUUUCGACAUUUGUUUCUUUCUUGUAAAACUCCCUUUUGAAUAUGAAAAAAAUCUUAAGGUGAGUACUAGGGUUCUUUAUGGAGAUAUGUUAUUGGGUACCAUUUUAAUCUGAAGUUGUUCCUGUUCGGGUUUCAAGCAUUUUGUCGUAUUAGUGUUGUGUAGCUCACAUGUUAUCACGAAGAGUAAAUACAUUGCACAGUGGUUACAACAUUAAGUAUCCAUUAAUUAAACAUUCUCAAGUCUUAUAUUCAAUUUAACCACUUGUCAGUAGUGGAAGUAGGUUUAUGCUAUGAUCAAUGUUCGUUAUCUUCACCUUCCAUUUACAUAUAAAAUACACACGUUAUGAAUUAACACCAUGUACAUUUUUAUUGUAGUUCUAGCGUUAUCCGUUAUAAUUUAAAGGCAACGUUUGUCAAAAUAGAAAAUGUGAGAUGACGAAAAGUGUUGCUUUAUAUAUGUCCAACUUUAAGCACUACAAUUCAUGCUAGCCAAUCAAUAUAAUUGAUUCCAUCGAUUUCAUUUACAGCAAUACACAUUUAUGUAAACACCAGCAAACUGUUUCCAUAAAUGACAUCAAUUAAGGCAAUCUCUUAGGUUGUUUUUUCCUCUCGUAUAAAUGUUUACAUUCUGCCUCAAGGUCGUUAUAACGAUCCUAUUUGCAAAUUCACAGAAUAUUUUCAUGGCGACCAUUCUAAGACGUGAACAUGAGCAGUGAUUGCUCCUUCUCCAAACGCUCGGCAUUUAGAAGUAAGAAUCACGGGUUGUUCGGAUAUGUCAGACCAUAAAAUCGAAGGUCCCGUGUAGCGACAGGUGUAUGCACGUUACAGAACCCCCACAGCUACAACCGUCAGCGUUAAGCAUAAGUCUUAUCUAUUUUACUUCGCCUACAACUGGUGACGUCUCAAUAUACGUGAAAAAGUUCUGAACGGAGAUUAAAAUAUACAAACAACGACCAAAACGUUUAGGUGAUCAAGAUAGUGCAUGGGCUCUCGGCAGGUGUUUCCCAUCAACAGGAGAUACUUCCUCCUUAUAGACACCUGCCCCCAACUCUUGUGUUUUCAGGGGCCCAUAUUGCCAUUUUCUCAAGUAUAUAUCUUAUUGGAUUUGUGAGAUCGAUCGUUAUCUUCAUCUUUUUCAUCCAUUUCGAUUUGUUAGGGCAUGAGAUUGAUGAAUUUCGAUCCACUAUCCAUUAACAUGUGUUGAUUACCAUCAUAAGUUAAGGUUUUAAUUUAUGAAUGAACCACAGUUGUUGCUUAUGAUUAUAAUGUUGUGUUUGGAAAUAAAAGGAACCAACAGCGUGAUUGCAAACUCUUAUCAUUCGUUAUCCGAGGUGGUUUAAAAGAGCUUCUGGUCGGCAGCAUCCCUAAUCACAGAAUAUAGAUUAUGGUGUUGAAAAAUUCAAAUAUGGGUUUGCUUUGCCGCUUUUUAUAUAAUCAGAAUAACGUUUUGUGCGAAUAUGAUGCAGACCUCGUUUAUUGAUGUAAGGUAAAUUUGAAUCAAUGACAUAUCAUGUAUAUUUGGGAUUUUUUUUUUAUCAACGACGUCCUUGACUUUGCUUGCGUCAUUGUGUAUUGCGAACAAUUUUCAUCACAUUUACUCUGUAUGUGGAGAUAGAUUUCCCACAUCUACAUUAUUAUAACAACCAUAUGGAAAAGCAGUGUCUAGUGUGCUAAUCCAGUGAUCUCGUUGUUUGUAAGUAGGAUGAUAAUUCGUUUUCUAUAAUUUUGAACCUUAUGUGCAAAAUCCACUGUGGGCAUGAACAGCUGUAGUAUUCCAUUAUCACCUGCAUAUGGUGUUUAUAUAUCUCAACUGAUUCGAUGUGCAAGAGCUUGUUCUGCGUAUUGUCAGUUUUUAAAUCGAGGUAAGCUACUGACAAACAAGUUGAUGGUACAGGGGUUUCAACAGUCUCGAUUGAAGUCAGCAUUUCGCAAAUUCUAUGGUCGUUAUAACGAUCUACUUCGUCAGUACAACCUCGCAUUGGGUCAAAUGCUGUCUGACAUGUUUCAUACCGAUUGUUAAGCCGUUCUUGGCACACUGAUUUUGACUGCGGAUAACUCCGUUUACCUGAUCAGAAUAUAGGGCUCACGGGGGUGUGACCGGUCAACAGGGGAUGCUUACUCCUCCUAGGCACCUGAUCCCACCUCUGGUGUGUCCAGGGGUCCGUGUUUGCCCAACUAUCUAUUUUGUAUUGCUUAUAGGAGUUAUGAGAUUGGUCACUGUUCGUUAUCUUCACCUUGCAUGCAGGCUAUUUGGAAAACAGUCCCAGUGGAUAUGUACUUCACAGUUCCAGUGGAUUAGUUGCUCAAUGUACACAUAAUUUGGUUUCACUCGAUAAAAAUUGUACGUAUUUAUAUUACCUCCUUCAGCGAGUACAUGGUACCAAACUGUUUAGGAUUGACGUUUCAUUUCUUCGGUUUGAUUUUGGAAUACAUUAAAAUGACGUUAUAAAAACGUCACGUCACAAACGUUACGUUACUCCCCAUCAUUGUUUUUCCCUACUAAUCCUGAUGUACACUUUAUUGGACUUAUAAUAUUAGUCACUGUUUGUUAUCUUUAUUUUUUCAUUGUAUAUUUAUUUCAACAUCAAUGUAUAAUGUUUAAAAUGUAGUACAAAAUCACCAAAUUCCACGCGAUGGAGCUUUUAAAGUAUAUGUUUUAAAUUGGAUGCUGUAAAUAAAAAUUGGUCUGAUAUGC